AUGUCCGUCAACAUUGAGAACAUCCCGUCCUUUGACGCAAAGGCCGCUCGUGGCCCCCGCAGCCCGCCCGCCGACGAGAAGAAGGGCAUCUACCUGGGCACCCAGCGCCGUCUGCCCGAGUUCAUCCUCACCGACAAGGUGGUCGUCGUGACUGGCGGUGGCCGGGGCUUGGGUCUGACGCAGGCUGAGGCCCUGCUGGAGGCCGGUGCCAUUGUCUAUGCGCUCGACCGCCUGGAGGAGCCGUCGCCCGAGUUUGCCCGCAUCCAGAAGCGCGCCGAGGAGGAGUUGGGCACCAAGCUGCACUACCGCCGCAUCGACGUGCGCGACUCGGAGCUGCUGAACAAUGUCAUCGAGGAGAUUGGCAACCAAGAGGGCCGUGUCGACGGGCUGGUGGCCGCGGCGGGCAUCCAGCAGGAGACGCCGGCGCUCGAGUACACGGCCAAGGACGCCAACACCAUGUUCGAGAUCAACGUCACGGGCGUGUUCAUGACGGCGCAGGCGGUGGCCAAGCAGAUGAUCCGGUUUGGCAACGGCGGCAGCAUUGUCAUGAUUGCCAGCAUGAGCGGCACCAUCGCCAACAAGGGCCUGCUCUGCCCGGCCUACAACGCCUCCAAGGCGGCCGUCGUCCAGCUGGCCCGCAACUUGGCCGCCGAGUGGGGUCAGUACGGCAUCCGCGUCAACACCAUCUCGCCCGGCUACAUCGUCACCGCCAUGGUCGAGAACCUGUUCGUCCAGUACCCCGAGCGCCGCGACGAGUGGCCCAAGCAGAACAUGCUGGGCCGCCUGUCCAAGCCCGAGGAGUACCGUGGCGCCGCCGUCUUCCUGAUCAGCGAUGCCAGCAGCUUCAUGACCGGCAGCGACCUGCGCAUCGACGGCGGACACGCUGCGUGGUAA